AUGGUUUUGUCGCGCAUGCUGUCAUCUUUGUCGCUAACCACGUAUCUAAAAUGCUCGAUAUACUUGAUAUCGAGAAGAAAUCUGUCCAAUAAACAUUUCAAUCGUACUUUACCACCAACGAUAUUAAAGGAUAUCUUCGGUGGGAACAUUAAGAAGAAAGUAGCGUCCGCUGAUUUCGGCAAGGACGCCAACGCUGGAUCCGAUUUUCAGAGAGCGGUCAGUUUCGUACAACCAUGUUUGAAGGAAGAGCUGCUUUGCAAGUUUUCGGAACCGGUGCAGGAUUGUUGUCACAAAGUGACCGUGGUAGGAGCCGGUAUGGUUGGCGUGGCCAUCGUGAACGCGCUUAUCUUUCAGAAUGUUAUUUCAGAUUUUUGUAUCACAAGCAACUCGAAGGUGAUCAUAUUAGCUGCUGGUGCUAGACAAAUGAAGGGUGAAUCACGCUUGGACCUGGUACAACGAAAUUCAGAGAUUCUGAAAAGCAUAAUACCAACUCUGGUUGGUUACAGUCCAAACGCUGUGAUCCUGGUCGUCAGUAAUCCAGUUGACAUUUUAUCGUGGUUAACGUGGAAAAUAAGCGGAUUACCAGCAAGUCGAAUAAUCGGAACUGGGACUCACGUCGAUUCGUCGAGGUUUCGUUUCUUAAUCGCAGAUCGUUUAGGAAUAGCGCCUAGCUCGGUCCACGCCACUAUUAUCGGCGAGCACGGGGACAGUCAGGUUCCACUCUGGUCUGGAGUGAAUGUCGCGGGUGUACAGUUUCGCGACAUUUUGCCCAAUAUCGGCCUCGAGACCGACGAGGAAAGAUGGUACGAACUUUCCAAAGAGGUGGUCAGACUUGGACCCACCGUUAGAUGUCUAAAGGGAUACACCAAUACGACAAUUGGACUCGCUGCUGCCGACAUCGUGCGAGCUAUUCUCAACAACACGCAGAGAGUUAUACCAGUUUCAACCUUGAUUCAGGGUCAUCACGAAGUUUGUCACGAAAUGUUCUUAUCUCUACCUUGUAGCGUCGGUGAACAGGGAAUCACGAAUAUCGUACGGAUGCGUAUCACAGAAUACGAAAAGAAAUUAUUUCAGACAUCGGCUAAUGUUGUGUUCAAUGUUCAAAAGGGUAUUAAAGCUGUAUGAUUUAUCUUUUUAAUAAUAUGUGAAUAUCGUUCAAUUGUAUGCAUUUUUUUUGUAAAAAGUAUCGUUCAAUAUAUCACGUCUCGUAGCGCUUA